GUUGCGAAUCCACUCUCUGCAUUUCUCACUCUGAAAAAAUGGCGGCGGCUACUUCUUCAUCUUGCUCCACAGCGUUCUCUACCCCUUCCCAAACCCUAGCUAAGCCCGCCGCUAAAUGCUUCGCCGCCACCAAUUUGUCGUUUUCCAAGCCCAGUCUCCGCCCCCUUAGGGCUCAGCGCUGCGUCGCCGUCGGCACCGGCGCGCUCGGUGCUCGUAUGGUGUCGGCGGCGCCGGUUGCGUCACCGGCGAAGCUCGAUUUCGACACUGCUAUCUUCAAGAAGGAGAGGGUUAACCUCGCUGGCCACGAUGAGUAUAUCGUGAAAGGAGGGAGGGAUUUGUUCCAUUUGUUGCCGGAUGCAUUCAAGGGUAUCAAGCAGAUUGGUGUCAUCGGAUGGGGUUCACAGGGACCUGCUCAGGCACAGAACCUAAGGGACUCCCUUGCUGAAGCAAAGUCUGAUAUCGUGGUUAAGAUCGGACUAAGAAAAGGUUCUAGUUCCUUCAAUGAGGCCCGGGGUGCUGGUUUUAGUGAAGAGAAUGGAACUCUAGGUGACAUAUAUGAAACUAUCUCAGGGAGUGAUCUGGUGUUGUUGUUAAUUUCUGAUUCUGCUCAGGCAGAUAAUUAUGAAAAAAUAUUUUCUAGCAUGAAGCCAAAUAGCAUACUUGGGCUGUCCCAUGGUUUUCUUCUUGGACAUUUACAAUCACUCGGACUUGAUUUUCCUAAGCACUUCAGCGUGAUUGCUGUGUGCCCAAAGGGGAUGGGUCCAUCUGUGAGGAGGCUGUAUGUCCAAGGUAAAGAGAUAAAUGGUGCUGGAAUUAAUUCAAGUUUUGCGGUCCACCAGGAUGUGGAUGGCAGGGCCACUGAUGUUGCUUUGGGAUGGUCUGUUGCUCUUGGAUCUCCUUUUACAUUUGCCACUACAUUAGAGCAGGAAUACAAGAGUGACAUCUUUGGGGAGCGAGGAAUUUUACUUGGUGCUGUUCAUGGAAUUGUUGAAUCCUUGUUUAGGAGGUACACUGAAAAUGGAAUGGCUGAAGAUUUGGCUUAUAAGAACACUGUUGAGUCCAUAACAGGGAUUAUAUCUAAAACUAUCUCAACUAAGGGCAUGUUGGCUGUAUAUAAUUCUUUCUCAGAAGAAGGAAAGAGGGAAUUUGAGAAAGCAUAUAGUGCUUCAUUCUAUCCUUGCAUGGACAUUUUGUACGAGUGCUAUGAGGAUGUAGCUAGUGGUAGUGAGAUUCGCAGUGUUGUUUUGGCCGGACGUCGCUUUUAUGAGAAAGAAGGUCUGCCUGCAUUUCCCAUGGGUAAAAUUGAUCAAACCCGGAUGUGGAAGGUUGGUGAGCGUGUUCGUUCCACAAGGCCUGCAGGUGAUCUAGGCCCUUUGAAUCCAUUUACUGCUGGUGUCUUUGUGGCAUUGAUGAUGGCCCAGAUUGAGGUCCUGAGGAAGAAAGGGCAUUCAUACUCUGAAAUCAUCAACGAGAGUGUGAUUGAGUCAGUUGACUCUUUGAAUCCAUUCAUGCACGCUCGUGGUGUUUCUUUCAUGGUUGAUAACUGCUCAACCACUGCAAGGUUGGGUUCAAGGAAAUGGGCUCCCCGGUUCGAUUACGUCCUGACUCAGCAGGCCUUGGUGGCUGUGGACAAUGCAGCACCUAUCAACCAGGACCUGAUCAGCAACUUCCUGUCAGACCCAGUGCACGGAGCCAUUGAGGUUUGUGCAGAGCUUAGACCAACUCUGGACAUUUCAGUGCCACCAGAUGCAGACUUUGUCCGUCCUGAGUUGCGUCAAUCUAGCUAUUAGAACGUGAACUAAAACUGGUUUGUCAUGCCGACUCCUUGUCAGAAUAGCAGCUGUCUUGUUAGUGAGUUUUGUUUAUGCGGUUGAGUGCGGGUAUGGAAGUUUGUAUUAUCACUUUGUAGUAUCAAGAUUUUAUGGAUGAGAAAUGUUGCUUGAUGUUGUCGAAUUAGAAAAUGAGGGAAUAAAUUAUGUUCACAAA